CAGGUGCAGCUGCCAGAUGGACCUUCUACUCUUCCGCUCCAGCUCGUCCAAUCCUGGCUGCCUCAUGUGGGAAGCACCGUGGCCGGGUAUAAGGUGCAACGGGAGCUACCACGGCGGCCGUGGGCACAAGUCUUUGAAGUCCAUUCAGCAGAGGGCGAACAUGCCAUGGAGGUGCAUCAUGUUUUCAGCGAAGCUGAAGUCACAAAGUUCCUCCGGCGCCUGCAGAUUGAAGCAAAAGACAACCAGCACUUCCUGAGGUUCCGAGAUGCAGUACUGAGCCUGCCUGGACAGCUGGGAAUUGUGGAAGAGAUGCACCAGGUUUCGCUUUGGAAAGAUUUGGAGAGGUGUGAUGAUGCCGCGCUAGCGAGGGCUGCGUGCGCUCUUCGCUGUGGUCUAUCGGGUUUGGCAAGGCUGCAUAGUCUUGGCUGGUUACUUUGUGUUUCGCACGAAAAUUUCUGUCUGACCUAUGACGGUGUUUGGAAGUUGUGCGGCUUGCACUUGGCACGACCCACACACCAGGUGGAAAUGGAGAGAGAGAAGUUGGGUCGGCAUCUACUACCAGAGGUUUUGUUCGAACUACCACUGAGUGAGAAGUUAGACAUUUGGUCCGGUAUCACAGCCUGUCACAGGACCAAUCUGAAAGCCAUGCAGGACAUUUUUGAGCUACACAUCCUUCCAAUGGAUGCUCCUUGGUUGGAGCAUUUCCGAGGCCCGGUGUUGGGGUUGGGGUUGGUGUCAGAGGAGUGGAAUACAACAGGACCGAAGAUGCAGAGUCUAGGGAAGCGGUAUCCCAGUCAGUAUCCGGGAGCCAAGGUGGUCCCAGGGCUCAAAGCAGAGUAUAUUUCAUCGGGUGCCCCGGGGCCUCACGUGCGUGCGAACGACGUGCCGAUAUUGGAACUGGGAGAACUCGGAGCACUGCAAUCGCCAGAGGGACAACUUCUUCGCCGGGCUGGGGGAGAGCUAGAGGCUAUAGAACCUGUUGGUGGCCUGUUCAGGGCUCACCAUGGACUACGGCCGAAGCGGAUUUUCGAGGCGUUGAAAAAACUGCAAGCUCAUCAGAUCAUCCUGGGAGCUUUGGAUUUGUUGCUUCAGGUCGAUCCGCAAGAACGGCCUUCAGCUGCAGAAGCUUUGAAGAGCGAUGCUGUGAGGAGACUGGAUGGGUUGGAGGUUCCGGAACGGGAAGAUGCGCUAGACGAGCCACCAGCAAGCCAGCCAAGUACAAAGUGCUCCUGCUCAAGCCUCAUCUCAGAGACAUGUUGGCUUGGCUUCGGCCAGGAGACGGAGGGCUAUUCGAUGCUAUUCGUGGGUGAUGUGAAGGAAGCUUCACCUUCUCAAAGCCGCCACAGAGCAUCGCGAAAAGGCACGGGCUUCGUAUCUCCAGAUGACUUGCCGCAUUCAGAUGAGGAAGACGAUGAGGUACAAAGUGCUCCUGCUCAAGCCUCAUCUCAGAGACAUGUUGGCUUCGGCCAGGAUGUGAAGGAAGCUUCACCUUCUCAAAGCCGCCACAGAGCAUCGCGAAAAGGCACGGGCUUCGUAUCUCCAGAUGACUUGCCGCAUUCAGAUGAGGAAGACAAUGAGGCACAGCCCGCAACCUCGUCCCGGCAUGUCGGCUUUGACAAGGUACAAAGUGCUCCUGCUCAAGCCUCAUCUCAGAGACAUGUUGGCUUCGGCCAGGAGACGGAGGGCUAUUCGAUGCUAUUCAUGGGUGAUGUUAAGGAAGCUUCACCUUCUCAAAGCCGCCACAGAGCAUCGCGAAAAGGCACGGGCUUCGUAUCUCCAGAUGACUUGCCGCCUUCAGAUGAGGAAGACAAUGAGGCACAGCCCGCAACCUCGUCCCGGCAUGUCGGCUUUGACAAGGACGUGGACAAGACGCGCAAGAAGCUUCGCCUUCUCAGAAGCGUCAUAGCGCAUCACGAAAAGGCAGUGCAGUUUCUCUGCCUUUGCCGUUUGAAGACCGUACAAAGUGCCCCUGCUCAAGCCUCAUCUCAGAGACAUGUUGGCUUCGGCCAGGAGACGGAGGGCUAUUCGAUGCUAUUCAUGGGUGAUGUGAAGGAAGCUUCACCUUCUCAAAGCCGCCACAGAGCAUCGCGAAAAGGCACGGGCUUCGUAUCUCCAGAUGACUUGCCGCCUUCAGAUGAGGAAGACGAUGAGGCACAGCCCGCAACCUCGUCCCGGCAUGUCGGCUUUGACAAGGACGUGGACAAGACGCGCAAGAAGCUUCGCCUUCUCAGAAGCGUCAUAGCGCAUCACGAAAAGGCAGUGCAGUUUCUCUGCCUUUGCCGUUUGAAGACCGUACAAAGUGCUCCUGCUCAAGCCUCAUCUCAGAGACAUGUUGGCUUCGGCCAGGAGACGGAGGGCUAUUCGAUGCUAUUCAUGGGUGAUGUGAAGGAAGCUUCACCUUCUCAAAGCCGCCACAGAGCAUCGCGAAAAGGCACGGGCUUCGUAUCUCCAGAUGACUUGCCGCAUUCAGAUGAGGAAGACAAUGAGGCACAGCCCGCAACCUCGUCCCGGCAUGUCGGCUUUGACAAGGACGCGCAAGAAGCUUCGCCUUCUCAGAAGCGUCAUAGCGCAUCACGAAAAGGCACUGGUUUCGUAGCUCCUGCAGACUUGCCGCUGUCAGACGAUGAAGAUGAACAGGCCACAGAUGCAUUGGCAUAG